GGAGCUCCGAGCGGGCUUUGGCGGGAAGUUCUGUCCUAGCGCUGGUAGGAGCUCGGGCUGCCGCUGCUGCGCAUCGGGGCCGCUGAGGCGCGGCGGUGAGUGGGCUCGGUCGGUGGCCCUCGCUCUUCCUUGGGAAUCAUGAACACCCGGCAGCAAAGCAAAAUUAUCUACUCCUGGUAUGGAAAACCCACGAGCUCAGACAGAAAACUGAGGACUUACCAAUACAAGGGAAUCAUUAUUAAAUCAGAAAGACGCAGAACAGAAACCUGUAUACAACUUGGUGAGUUUGUUUUAGUAGAAGGGGAGAAUGCAGAUCAACCUUUUGUGGCACAACUCCUGGAUUUAUAUGAAGAUGGUGCUCAGCAGAAACAUGCAGUUGUGCAGUGGUUCUCUCAUAUUACAGAGAUACCUCAGAAUAAACGGAAACUGCUUAAAAGAGAGGUUUCUCCCCAGGAGGUGUUUUUUGAUCAAGUUUCUGGCUAUGACACUGAUAUAGCUGUGGAGACCAUUAUUAAAAGCAUCAUGGUAAUACCACUACAUCUGGGGGAGGAACUACCUAUUACAUUAAACAAGGAACAAACUUUCUAUGUAAAACAGUCUUGGGAUGGGAAAUGCUUUAAGGCUUUGUCCCCUGACACAUUCUCUAAGCUGAAAGAAGCUAAUAAGAAAGGAGGCAUCUCAAACUCUUCAAACUCAUUUAUUCCUUCGGACGUUGUUUCCCCCCUGAAAAAAGAGACAGAGAGAGAUGUUCAGAGUGCUACAAAACAAAAAAAUGUUGAGUUGGAAAUAGAAUCAAAACAUUCUGCUUCCAAAUCCUCCCUUGCUAAGGAGAGACAUUCACAAAGAAUGGCUAAUGGUGUCAAAACUCCAACAGCAAGGAAGAAGUUACAGUUAAACAGUCCCACAAGAUCUCCUAAAAGCAGGCUCCUGGGAUGUGAAGUUUUGGAACUUUUGAAUGAUGACGGUGAUACUCUAUCACCGUUAGAACCAUCGGCUACUAAAAGAAAAGUGAAAUUCACUGGCAUUUUAGGCUCACCACCAAAAAUACCUUGUGCCAAUGAUAAGUCAAAGUCAACGUUUGAUACUGCAGAGCACUGGCAGCGGUUUAGUGAUACAAUACGAUUAUCCCCCUAUAGUAAGGUCAAAGACUCCAGUGAGAAAGCCAAGAAUCUUAAUACGAAAGAUGACACUAUAUGUUUAAUUGGACAUCAGGAAGCGGGCAGUCGGAGCCCUGUAUUGACCCCUCAUUCUCGUAGAAUGUGUGCCCAGAAGACAAGAGCUCUCAUUGCAGAGCAAAUCAGCAUAUUAAAUACACUAGAAUUGAACCAGGAAGAGGAUUUUCUGUCUAGCUCAGAUAGCUCUUACUCUUCAAGUAGUGAGGAAGAGGAGAGUGACGUGCUCUGUACACCAGAAAAGAAAACUAAGUCAAGCAGGACACUCAGCACCCCAAAGUCUUCAAGGAAGUCUUCAGUUCACACUCCUGCUAAGACCCUGAAGAAAACUCCUUUACCAGGAACACCCAAGACACCCCGGAAUGCAACUCCUGAAAUUCCCAGGCGCAACCAUGCAGUACAGAAACCAGCCAGUAUACUAGCAGAAGCCAGAUUAAGGCUGCAUGUUUCCGCUAUCCCAGAAUCUCUGCCUUGUCGUGAGGAAGAAUUCCAGGAUAUCUAUAACUUUGUGGAGAGCAAACUUAUUGAUGGUACAGGAGGGUGCAUGUACAUUUCUGGAGUGCCUGGAACAGGUAAAACUGCAACUGUUCAUGAAGUAAUUCGCUGUCUUCAGCAAGCUGCAGAAAAUGAUGACCUACCAUCAUUCCAGUUUGUAGAGAUUAAUGGCAUGAAGCUGACUGACCCUCACCAAGCUUACGUGCAGAUACUAGAGUUACUGACAGGUCAGAAGGUGACAGCAACCCAUGCUGCAGUACUGUUGGCAAAACUGUUCAAUACACCUGGACCAAAGAGGAAGACCACAGUGCUGAUAGUGGAUGAGCUUGAUCUUCUGUGGACCCGGAAACAGAAUGUGAUGUACAACUUGUUUGACUGGCCAACUCAGAAGCACUCCAAGUUAAUCAUCUUGGCCAUUGCUAACACCAUGGACUUGCCAGAGAGAAUAAUGAUGAACAGAGUGGCUAGCAGGCUGGGCCUCACCAGAAUGUCCUUUCAGCCCUACACCUACAAACAGUUACAGCAAAUUAUUUUAUCCAGACUGAACAGCAUCAAGGCAUUUGAAGAAGAUGCAAUUCAGCUGGUUUCCAGAAAGGUAGCAGCACUGUCUGGUGAUGCAAGGCGUUGCCUUGAUAUCUGCAGGAGGGCCACUGAGAUCUGUGAGUUUGCUAGCCAAAAGAGAACGCCUGAAAUAGUCAGGAUGGCCCAUGUAACAGAAGCCAUAGAUGAAAUGUUUUCAUCACCAUAUAUAAAUGCAAUCAGGAAUGCCUCUUUGCACGAACAAAUCUUUCUGAAAGCAAUUUUAGCAGAGUUUCGGAGGGCAGGAGUUGAGGAGGCAACAGUUCAACAGGUCUAUCAUCAACACGUAGCGUUGUGUAGAAUUGAAGGCAUGCAGAGUCCUACAAUAUCGGAAAUUAUGGCAAUUUGUUCAAGACUUGGUGCCUGCAGGCUCUUGCUGGUGGAGUCCAGUAAUAAGUAUCUUCACAUGCGGGUGCGACUAAAUAUCAACCAGGAUGAUGUCAUGUAUGCACUCAAGGAUGAAUAAGGCAAUAAAGAUUUUAUUUUUUUAAUAUGUAUAUGUAUUUUAAAUAUUGUCUAUUUUUAUUUUUUUAAAAUUGAUGAUAAAAUGGAAAUAGUGAAAUGUAUUUUUUCCUAAAUACUUUGCUUGUAUUCAGGCACUUUUUGUAUAAUAAAUUUGCUUCAAAGCAUUUUAAAUAUUUGAAAUCAAACUGUUUUUAAAAUAUUUUUGUAUGCUGGUAACUGGUUCCCUUUCAGCUGAGGUGUAUGAACUUGAAAUUGAUUACUUGCAUCACUACUACUGCCAAGGAGUGAGUUUGUUUUUGUGAAAACUAGCAGUGUCUGUGGCAUUGCAGUUCAUGUAUAGCUUUUAUUCAUUCACUUUUGUUGAAUAUGAAAGACAUCAUUAAAACGUGCUUUAAUUUACUUUGCUGAUAUAAUGGAAAGGAACUUUCAGUUUGCAAUCAAGGCUGAAUAUUUGAAUUGAGGAGACUGUUUGUUACCAGGAAAGUAAAAAUACCAGAAGAAAUUUGUCAUUCAAGUAACCAACUUUGUUUUCAUUAUUAUUGAUUGCUAUCAAAGAUUGCUUCAACUUGCCUCAGGUAAUGGAGGACUGUAUGAAAGCAGAUUUCAAAUCAAACUGUUAACCAAUAGUUUGUUUGGAGAUGGAUAGUUUGAAAACACUUCUAAAAAUUGUGUUGCUGUGGAAAAGGCUCCAAAAAUUGUUCUUGUUGAGUGAUCUCAGUAAAUAAUGGAAGUGGCCUAAGCUGCAGGUACUAGAGAAGUGACUUCUCACAGAGAGCUCAUUUUUGUAAGGUCAUAAGAUAAGACAGUGACUUUGUAGGUAUCUCUUCAGCUCCCCUGGCAAGCUGA